AUGCCUCUACCCACUGCUGAUCAGCAGGUUGAGUAUGAUAGGCUGUUCUUAGCGCAUGACGUCUGGGAGUGUCGCGAUGCUGCUGCUUGCAACGCCCUCAUCGACCUUCUUCUGCCAACUGAGGCAGUCCAAUUCUCACAGUGCGACUUGACAAAUGACUUGUACGACGCUAGUCUUACUCGCUAUCGCACCCCUUCCUCUGCCUCCCUCAGCAGCCUCUUUAUGCCCUUUGUUUUUCGUGACCUGGGCUCGUUCGAGACGGUAUCCAACCUUGUAACCCACCUCCGCUCUCUUGACACUAGCUUUCGUGCUGCCUGCACUGAGGAACAGCUCAAACUUGCCCCACCGCCUUUAUGGCUCACCCUCUACUGGUUAGUUACUCGCCUCCCUGACCGCCUCUCCUCUACCCGCGACGUGCUUCUCCUGAAGCACCCGACUGAGCUCACCAUCGAUCUUCUUGAGUCUACCCUCACUAAGAUUGAGAGCAACCUCCACGCUAUUGCUGCUGCCACUGCCGUAGCGCCUCCGCGUCUCUUUGACGCCGUUUCCGUUGCUAGUUGGCAGAAACAAGGCAAGGGAGGUAGAAGAGGGGGGAAGGGUGGUAGUGGUGGUGGUGGAGGUGGUGGCGGCAAUGCUGGUCCAGGUGGUGGUGGAGGUGGUGGCGUCGCUGGUGGUGCAGGUGGUGGCGGCGGUGCUAGUGCGUCUAGUGGAGGCGGCAAUGCAAGGGGUACUGGGCUUGCGGGUACCACGACAGGGGGUGUUUGGCCAGUUGCUUGGUACACGGCACAGCAGCGGCAACAGUCCCAGCAGCAGCAGCCACAGCAAGGACAGCAACAGCAGGGACCUGGUGGGUCAGGGAGCUCUGGACGUGGCAUUGGUCUGCCCAGUUGGGCGCUGCGUGGUGCUACUCCUCCUCCCUGCCCGUACGUGGUUCGGACGGGCUCUCAUCAGGGUCAGCCCUGUGGUCGUCUUCACCCUCUGGGUCAGUGCUUCGCUCAGCUCACGGACCGUCUCCGUGCUGAGUACGGCUUUGGCCCUGCUCCGGACUGGGCCCCAUUGGUUUAUUCCCGUGGUCCAUCGUUGUUUCAGAUGACAGCAGUAGAGCUGCUUGAUGCUUUGUGA